GUCAAAGCCGAUUAGAGUUUAUCUGCUCCGUGAUUCUGUCACAGUUUGUCCACUUGAAGGAUCAUCCCUCCUCAGUCGGACUCUCCUCCCACUCUUUGUGUUGUUGCUGAGUGCAUCAUGGAUUGAUUUGAGCUUUUUAGGACUCACCUAAACAAUGAGUUGCUCUGCAGACGCGCUUCCGCAAGCAGAGCAACUUUCCGCUGCGCCACCGCGCCGCUGAGCUGCGGUGGUGGAAACUUUACGCGCAGCCUCCUCCAGUGAACCAUGGACCACCGCUGAGAGACCGCCUUCAGACGGCAGUUCCGAUCUGUUCAGACCUUCCCGUCCUCUCCCCACAGUCCGAAUCAUGCAGAAGAGCGUCCGCUACAACGAAGGACACGCGUUGUUUCUGUCGGCGGUGGCGCGUAAAGAGGGAACCAAGCGCGGCUACCUGAGCAAGAAGACGGCGGAGAACAGCCGCUGGCACGACAAGUUCUUCGCUCUAUACCAGAACGUUCUCUUCUACUUUGAGAAUGAGCAAAGCGCGCGACCUGCCGGGAUAUACCUGUUGGAAGGAUGCACCUGUGAGCGCGCACCGGCGCCAAAGCUCUCCACCACCGGGAAGGAGGCGCUGGAGAAACAGCACUAUUUCCUCAUUGUGUUCGGUCACGAUGGACAGAAACCUCUGGAGCUGCGGACGGACGAGGAGAGCGAGUGUGAUGAAUGGGUCGAGGCCAUUCAGCAGGCAAGCUAUUCGGACAUCAUUAUUGAACGUGAGGUGCUGAUGCAGAAGUACAUUCACCUCGUCCAGAUUGUGGAGACGGAGAAAGUCGCUGCCAACCAGCUGCGCACGCAGUUGGAGGAUCAGGACACCGAGAUUGAGAGGCUGAAAGCCGAGAUCAUCGCUCUCAACAAGACCAAGGAGCGAAUGCGGCCGUACCACGUUCCCCAUGAGAACGAAGACCCGGAUAUCAAGAAGAUCAAGAAGGUCCAGAGUUUCAUGCGAGGCUGGCUCUGUCGCAGGAAGUGGAAGAUCAUCGUGCAGGACUACAUUUGCUCACCACAUGCUGAGAGCAUGAGGAAGAGGAACCAGAUAGUGUUUAACAUGGUUGAGGCGGAGACAGAGUACGUCCACCAGCUCUACAUCCUGGUCAACUGCUUCCUCAGACCUCUCAGGAUGGCAGCCAGCUCCAAAAAACCUCCCAUCAGCCACGAUGACGUCAGCAGCAUCUUCCUCAACAGUGAGACCAUCAUGUUCCUUCACGAGAUUUUCCACCAGGGCCUGAAGGCGAGGAUCGCAAACUGGCCAACGCUGGUGCUGGCCGACCUGUUUGACAUCCUGCUGCCGAUGCUGAACAUCUACCAGGAGUUUGUGCGGAACCACCAGUACAGCCUGCAGGUUCUGGCUAACUGCAAGCAGAACCGGGACUUCGACAAGUUGCUGAAACAGUAUGAAUCAAAUGCGGCCUGCGAGGGACGGAUGCUGGAGACCUUCCUCACGUACCCCAUGUUCCAGAUUCCUCGCUACAUCAUCACCCUGCACGAGCUGCUGGCCCACACGCCUCAUGAGCACGUGGAGCGGAAGAGUCUUGAGUUUGCCAAGUCUAAGUUGGAAGAGCUGUCCAGAGUGAUGCACGAUGAGGUCAGCGACACGGAGAACAUCCGGAAGAAUCUGGCUAUCGAGAGAAUGAUCGUUGAAGGUUGUGACAUCCUGCUGGACACCAGUCAGACCUUCGUCAGACAGGGCUCACUCAUCCAGCUCCCGUCGGUGGAGCGAGGGAAGCUCAGCAAGGUCCGUCUCGGGUCAUUGUCCCUGAAGAAGGAAGGCGAGCGCCAGUGCUUCCUCUUUACCAAACACUUCCUGGUCUGCACACGAAGUUCAGGAGGGAAACUGCAUCUGCUCAAGCAAGGUGGAGUUCUAUCACUCAUCGACUGCACCCUGAUAGAGGAACCGGAUGCCAGUGAUGAGGAGUCUAAAGUGAGCGGUCAAGUGUUUGGCCAGUUGGACUUUAAGCUAGUGGUGGAGCCGCCUGACUCGCCCGCCUUCACCGUAGUCCUGUUGGCGCCGUCGCGGCAGGAGAAGGCAGCGUGGACCAGUGACAUCAGCCAGUGCAUUGAUAACAUCCGCUGUAACGGGCUGAUGACUAGCGUGUUCGAGGAGAACUCCAAAGUCACGGUGCCUCACAUGAUCAAAUCCGAUGUGCGUCUCCAUAAAGAUGAUGUUGACAUUUGCUUCAGCAAGACGCUCAACUCCUGCAAGGUCCCCCAGAUCCGGUACGCCAGCGUGGAGCGGCUGCUGGAGAGGCUGACCGACCUGCGCUUCCUCUCCAUCGACUUCCUCAACACCUUCCUGCACACAUACAGGAUCUUCACCACGGCAACAGUUGUCAUGGACAAGCUGGCGGACAUCUACAAGAAGCCGUUCUCUUCCAUUCCUAUCAGGGCUCAGUACCACUCAUUAGAGCGUCUGUCCAUCUCAUCCAUCUGUCCUGACUUCAGCCUGAAGAUGAAGAAGAUUAACAUGGAUCAGUCCAAAUCCUUGGAGCUUUUCUUCGCCACCAAUCAGAACAACCGAGCCGGCGAGCACACCAACGACAAGUCUCCACGUCUUUGUCGCAAGUUCUCCUCCCCGCCUCCCCUCUCCAUCCCGUCCCGCACCUCCUCACCCGUCCGGACACGUAAGCUGUCCCUGCACUCCCCCGUCACCGCCAGAGUGGGAGGACUGGACCUGAGCAGUCCGCUGACCAACUCAGCUGUCAACCACAACUCGUCCCAGUCAGCAGCCAGCAGCCCGACAUCAGCCCAGACCCCGCAGACUCCCACGCCCUCGUCCCCGCCGUCCAUCGCCUCGCCUCCUGCGAAUAGUGCCAAACAAGUGCCGGAGCCUGCCCCGCCGAUUCCCUCUCCUCCGGAUCAGAGUCCCAGCCAGACUGCCAACGGAGAGGAGAUCCUGAAGAUGGAUCCCUUCUGUGGGAAACUUCGACGAAGCAUCCGCCGAGCUGUUCUGGACUCUGUGUCGCUGGAGAAGAUCAUCCCUGAGUCUCCUCAAGGCAGCGAGGCAGGAGACAUGUCGCCAUGUCGCUCCCCAUCAACACCCCGACACCUCCGCUACAGGCAGCCCGGGGUUCAGUCAGGAGAAAACUCCCGCUGCUCCGUCUCUCCUGCUUCUGCUUUUGCCAUCGCCACUGCUGCCGCGGGACACGGCCCACCACCAGUCUUCACAAACAAUGAGAGAACUUGUGACAAAGAGUUCAUCAUCCGUCGAGCUGCGACCAACCGAGUUCUGAACGUGCUGCGCCACUGGGUCUCCAAGCACUCGCAGGACUUUGAAAUGAACGGGGACCUGAAGAUGUCGGUCAUUUGUCUGCUGGAGGAAGUUCUUCGAGAUCCAGACCUUCUCCCUCAAGAGAGGAAAGCUACAGCCAACAUACUCAAUGCCCUCUCCCAGGAUGAGCAGGACGACGCCCAGCUGAGGAUUGAAGACAUUUUACAGAUGGCCGACUGCCCGAAGGCCGAGUGCUUCGAGUCGCUCUCAGCGAUGGAGCUGGCUGAGCAGAUCACCCUCCUGGAUCACAUCAUCUUCAGGAGCAUUCCUUACGAGGAGUUCCUUGGUCAGGGCUGGAUGAAAGUGGACAAGAACGAGAGGACGCCCUACAUCAUGAAGACCAGCCAACACUUCAAUGACAUGAGUAACCUGGUGGCAUCCCAGAUCAUGACCCACACCGAUGUGGGCUCCAGAGCCAACUCUAUUGAGAAGUGGGUGGCGGUGGCCGACAUCUGCCGCUGCCUGAACAAUUACAACGGCGUCCUGGAGAUCACCUCCGCACUCAAUCGUAGCGCCAUCUACCGUCUGAAGAAGACCUGGGCCAAAGUCAGCAAGCAGACUAAAGCCCUCAUGGAUAAGCUGCAGAAGACGGUGUCGUCUGAGGGACGCUUCAAAAAUCUGAGGGAAACUUUGAAAAACUGCAACCCUCCCUGUGUUCCGUACCUGGGCAUGUACCUGACAGAUCUGGCCUUCAUCGAGGAGGGGACUCCCAACUUCACAGAGGAAGGUCUCGUCAACUUCUCCAAGAUGAGGAUGAUCUCCCACAUCAUCAGAGAGAUCCGGCAGUUCCAGCAGACGCCCUACAGAAUAGAGCAUCAAGCCAAGGUGACGCAGUAUCUUCUGGAUAAAACCCUGAUCAUGGAUGAAGACACGCUGUAUGAGCUCUCUCUGAAGAUCGAGCCCAGACUUCCUGCCUGAUGGGAAGUGUGCGUCCAGCUGGAUCCACCCUGACGGCCAACUGCCCCACAAAUCCUAACCCGUCCUUGGAGAGCAGAGUUCUGACAGAAGCGACAGAGAAUGAGAACAGAACCUGGACGAGAGCAUUCACCCGAUCGGGUUUGAGGAUUCGCUUUUGGUUGCAUGCAGACGUGUUGCUGGUCCAGGCCUCGUCAGGAUGGUGAUGUCACGCUUCCUCGACUGCAUGAAGCGACGGGAGUCAAAAGAGGAGGAGGAAAAAGAGAUGUAGCAUUUACAGAAGUGUGACAUAGAGAAGUCUGAGCCCAUGUCUCUUCGCUGUCGUCUGUGUUCUGUCGUGUGUGCACUUUUGGAGCCGAGGAAGCCAAACGUAACUCCCUCUGUCCUGCUGUUUGCUGCGUACCCUGCAUGACUUAGGGUUCGUGACUCUUCCCCACAGCGACUGUCCGAGCGUCCCCCGAGGGCGAACACAGCAACAUCAGAUACUAAACUCACACCGUCAACUGAUCAAUAGGUGCCUUUAAAGGUCAACUCCACCUUUACACUCAUAACAUUUUGCCACUUAAUAACCUUUAACUAGUUUGUCCUCCCACAAAUUAGCACUGCCAGAUCUGACGUUGGGACAAAACUUACAGCCAGUUUUCAUGCUAUUUAGUUUCAUGCCAUGGUUAGUCAUGACUGCAAACACAGAAUGAUGAGGGGCAACUAGUGACUCUUUUCCUUCUUACAUGAGGCGCCGCCGCGUCCUGAUGACGUCACUUUGUGAGUGACCGUUGACCCAGAGAGCGAAUGAGCACAGACUCGCUUGAAAAAAGACAACAAAGCACAUAGAAAGGCAGAAUUCACAUGGUCCCCGAAGCACGAUUCAUUUUCAUCACCGUAAAACGCGUCGUUUGCGACCAUUCCCCAACAAUCCUUAAUUCUAAGUUCCCUGUGGCGUCUGUCUCACGAGGCCAUUCGGCCGCAUGCUGAAACCUCCAUGUCGCAAUGUCUCCCUCUAGUGUCCAGACGUUGCCAGUGCUGCUCCAAAGCUUCGGCGCAUCUUCUCGGACUCCCGAGUGUUGGAUGUAGACGUUUGCACUCUGAGAUGUAGCUUCUGCUUGAGUGACACGAUGAUCGUUCUUUCGCUGCGCUAUAUGUGUCGUCACACACUGUUAUUUUUGUACACAACGGCGGAGGGAAUAUUUCUAAUUGUGAAGCUGUGAAUAUUGUCCUUUUUCUGCAUCCCACAUGGCUGUUAUAUUCCAGAUGUAGCAUUUUAACGACGAAGAGUUUGUUUCCUUGUGAUGAAGAUAACCGUGCUGCAUGCACACUACGGCUGCAUGUUGUGCAUGUGUGACCGGACGCUUCCCUUUCUCUCUAGCUUCUUCAGUCUCCGUGGCUUGUGUGCGAGCGUGUGAGAGUGUGCGCGCCUCACAGUCCAGCAUGUGUUGGGGAGCCACUGAGGAAAGGCUUUGCUUUCUUGAGAAAACUAUGUUUGUUAUUCCAAGUGCCAGUUUACGUCCUGGUGUGAGAGCAGUAGAGCAAUGUUUGUACUGUAACUUUCUUUUGGGAACUGUUUGUUUGUGUACUGUUAGUUUAACUUAUUUGGUUGCUUUUUUUUCACUUGUAGGUGCAGGGGAAAUAAAUUCGCCAUGCCUUACACGUGUGUGAUAAAGU